AUGAGCAAAAUUAAACCUGCAGACAUGUUGGAGGCAUCACUACAACAAAUUAAAAAUGUUGUUGGUGUUGGUUCAUCAUCGGAGAGUGUUGGAAAGAUUGUGGUGAAUGUUAGCAAGAUUUUGGAGGAAAAUUCUGCCUAUUUGGGGAUUACUACAUUUUACGAGAGUAACAAGUUGACAUCUUCGCAGUUUGGAUCAAGUUGUAGGAAUUUUCAGAAAUGUUUGGAUAGAGUGGAACAUUUGGAAUUGAGUGGAAAUCAGUUGGAGUAUUUUAUUGUUAAUGAAAAGUUGACAAGUGACUCAAAGUAUUUUGUUAGCCAAUUUGCAAAGAGUUUGACAUUCUUGGAUUUAUCUAAUAACAUGAUCAAGAAUUUUCCUAUUGAAUGUUUGAGUAUUCCAUUAAAAAUAUUAAAUUUGGAAAAUAAUUUAAUUACGAGUUUGGAAAAUCUAGUGAAAGAGUUGAAUGAGAACAAAUCGGAAAUGAAAUUGUUGAAUUGUCUUGAGAGUUUAAAUAUUUCCAAAAAUUUAAUUCAACAUUUUCCAUUCUACAUAAUUGUUAAAAAGUUCAAAAAGGUUGAUAGUAUUGACCUAGGUGAAAAUCCAUUACAAUCUCUUUCUAUUAACAUGUUGAAGGAACAGAAAAAGGGAAUAUUUGGAAGUAACGCAUCAUCUUCUGAUAAAAACGAAGACAUCAAGAUAUUGACUGACUAUUCAGAUGCUUCUAUUACAAGUGUAAAGAUGAACUCUAUUGACCUUGAAACUAUUAGAAAGAGGCUCGAGUUGAAAACUCCAUUAUUAUCCAACAAAACCAAUUCAAUUUUUAAUUUAUUUAAAAAGAAAAUAUCAGAUGAUAUUUCAUUCGAUAACAGCAAGGAUUUCUUCCCUGUGGAGUUAUUUGAUCUUCCAAAUAUACAACAUCUAGACCUUUCCAAAAACAAACAUUUAAAUUAUUCCAAGAUGAAACAACUUGUACUCAGUCCAUCCAUAACAUCACUUAAUCUGUCCAAUUGUCAAUUAGAUGAAUCUGUUUCUAGAAUAUUCAAAUCAAUUUUAAACAAUUCUAUCAGGAAGUUGAUAUUACACAACAAUAAUAUCAAGGAAAUUUUAAUAGAAGAUUUUCCAAAUAUCAUUUCAAUUAAUUUAUCCAAUAAUAUUGAAUACUACAAAAAGGAUGAGAAUAUUUAUAACAUACUAUCGAAUGUUAAUCCAAAAAUUGAAGAAUUAACAUUGAAACGAGUUUUUAAGAACGAAGAAGGAUACAAAGACCUAUUAAAUCUGAGUCUUAUAAGAAAUAAUCUAGAAGUGCCCAAAAUUGGAAUUUCCUUAUCCAAGUUUUCCAGUAUCAGAUCUUUGACACUCAGUGGAUUAUUUCUUUCAUCAAUUCCUUUAGAUAUUAACCAAUCAAAUAUGCCUAACAUUGAAUUUUUGGAUCUUUCAGAAAAUGAAAUUGGAGAUUUUUCUAGUAAUUUGUUAAUGCUCACAGAAUUGAAGUCGAUAGACCUCUCAUUCAAUAAUAUUUCAACAAUAGAUGUAGAUGAUGAAAUGUGCAACUUGACCAAGCUUACAUCAUUGGACCUUUCGCAUAAUAAUCUCACAGAAUUUCCAAUUGAUCUAGUUCUAUUAUUACCCUCUAUAGAUAUUCUUUCUCUUGAGUACAAUACUAGUAAUUUGAAAACAGCAAGAGAAGACAAGAAUGAUAUAUUCAACCAAUGGAUGAAGGAUCAUAGUUCUGUGAAAAUUAAACGAAUGCUCAUUGAACCAAGUUUAAUUCUUGAGAGAUUAUAUCUGGGAGGAAAUGGUUCUGCCCAAAGUAAACACAAUAUGAAAUUACUGGGCAUUACUCACGUAUUGAAUGUUGCUGAGGGUUUAAUAGCUCCAUAUCCUUUCGAUUUCAAAUAUAAGAAAGUUGAACUUUCUGAUACGUUAGGCGAGGAUUUACUUCCGCACAUAGAUGCUUGUGUAAAAUUUAUAGAAGAGGCCAUUGAUUCACAAGGAACCAUUCUUGUGCAUUGCAAGGCAGGAGUAAGUCGUUCUGCCUCAAUGGUAAUUGCUUAUGUAAUGAAGAAAUUCAAACUCUCUUUAGAUGAAGCAACUCAAAUGGUAAAGGAGAAGCGUUCACAGAUUUGUCCUAAUGGAGCAUUUGUAAAACAAUUGGAAGAUUAUGGACGUUUAUUGAAUCGUGAAUCACAUUAG